AUGGCCGGUGAAAAUGUGAUCGCCGGAGACGUUCCUAGAAGACCGACUUAUGUACCUCAUGAUCCACAUGGGGUCUUACAAGAAUCUCACAGAGCGAAGGAAUUGUUGGCUCAUGAUACUUUGGUCAUAGUUAGACAACUGGAAAUGCUCAAUGUGUUUUUGGGCUUCGAACAAGCUAAUAGGUAUGCUAUAUACACACCCGAAGGUGAUCUUGUAGGCUUUUUGGCAGAAGAAGAACGAUCGUUCUUCUCUACUAUGUCACGUCAGAUGUUAAGAACACAUAGACCAUUUCGAGCUGUCGUCAUGGAUCCCACGGGAACUCCUAUACUUUGGAUCCGCCGACCAUUCGCAUUCAUAAACUCUCGCAUAUUCGUUCAUUCCACUCAAGAUGGAGAUGGGAGAUUAGUAGGUGAAGCUCAACAGGAGUGGCAUCCCUGGCGAAGACGAUAUAACCUUUUUCAAUCACGCGACGAGGAGACUUUCAAACAAUUCGCCAGGGUAGAUUCUGGUUUCCUCGCUUGGGACUUUUGGCUCAAAGAUGCGGAUAAUCGUCUUGUUGCUUCAAUCAAUCGAAAUUUCAAAGGGUUUGGACGAGAACUUUUCACAGACACUGGUCAAUAUGUCAUACGCUUCGAUUCAGCUGGUACAGAGCUGAACCUGCCUCCCGGAAGUCAGCUGGACGUACAGGGUCAAAGUUUGAUACUUCCAAAAGGACGAGAAGGUGGAUUGACGCUGGAUCAGCGAGCCAUGACUCUAGCCACCGCUGUCUCUAUUGAUUUUGACUUCUUUUCUCGACAUUCUGGUAGCGGUGGUAUGGGCUUACCAUUCUUCAUAUGGGGUUCAGAUGGUUCUUCAGAGGUCCAUCACGGCGGCAGCGGUCAACCACCGGUGGGCCCUGACGUCGGCGCAAUGGCAGGAGGGGCUGCAGCGGGUGCGACAAUGAGUGAAAAUGAGCAGAUAUACGGACCGCAAUCGGGAAGGACCAGCCCAUCCCGGGAAGAGAAAUACGGCCAAGAAGGACUGGAGGGCUAUGAUGAGAAUGAGGGAUGGGGAGAUGAUGAAGUAUUGCAAGAUCCUUGGGAACAGUCAGAUGAUGACGGAGGUGUAUUCGGAGGCGGAGGAGAUGGAGGUGGAUGGGGAGGGUGGGACGAGUAG